GUUUCCAAGAAAAAAAAGCUAUCACAUAUUUGAAUCUCUAUAUUGUUAAGUUUUAGAAAUUAUGAUUCUUAGCAUAUUAAUAUCACAUUAUUUUAGGGUGAAAUCGGUUGUGCCUUGACGAGUGUAAUGGCAAACUCUAUUUCUGAAACUGAGUCGAAUAGGACUUUGGACGAGUAUGAUGAUAUGAAUAGGAGUUGGAAGGUGGAUGAUUUCAGGAAUUCUCUCCCUGCUCAUAUUGUGUCUAAAAUCUUAUCUAUGAUGCAUUGAUGCCCCCGAACCUGAAAUUCAGCAAUUAUACUAUGGCUUGGAAUGGAUCAGGUGAUGGAAGAUUUUCUAUGAAAUCAGCUUAUGUAAAAGUCAGUAACACGGAUCAGAUCCCAGAUCAGCCCUCAUGUAAAAUUAUUUUCCGUCAUUGUGCUGCUUGCAAGAAUAUUGAAGAGACCUUAGUUCAUGUUUUCAGAGAUUGCCAUGGAGUUGUGCUUGUUUGGCAAUUUUUCAUCCGUAUGAAUGAUGGAUCGGACUUCUAUUCGUGCAAUAAUUGGCACUUGUGGCUUUUGACAAAUUUGUCCAGAGAUUAUGGGGUUCAUGGUGUGCUUGGAGUUCAUUGUUCGAUGUGAUUUUAAGCUUCAUUUGGUGGAGACGAAAUUCUAUGGCUUUCCAAAAUGAAGUGUGGACUCCUAUGGAAGUUAUUCAUAAAUCUCUUAAUUUGUCCAAUGCUUGCUGUAAAGGUAGAGAGGUCUCUGCGCCUCUUCAUUCGGGUGAACAGAAGAUUGCAAGUAAAGGGAGUAUAUCCAGGUCCUUUCCUCAACAAGGUGAAGUUGUGCUCAAUUGUGACGGAGCCGUGACUAAUGCUGCUUGUAGUGGUGUUAUACGUGAUCAUAUGGGGGCUUACUUGUGUGGUUUUGGAGCUUACAUAGGAUCUGCUUCAGUUUUGAAGGCAGAGCUUAUGGCUAUCCUUUUCGGCUUUAAAUUGGCGUGGUCCAGAGGUUUUCGGAAAAUAAGGGUAGAGUCUGAUUCCCUUAAUGCUAUCAGGCUCAUUCCUGGACAAGGGAGUAAUUUGCGUCCCUGCUAUGAUAUUAUCUGAGAAAAUCACUUCCCGUAUGCUAUCAAGUUUUAAAGU